CUCAAAAUUGCACAUUGUAAAGAAAUCCUAUAAUUUUAUUUCAGGAUUAAGAGAAUGGGAGGUAUGAAGGAAUCCCAAAUUUCAGCUGAGAUUGAAUUGUUGCAAACUGAUACGAAGAAGAAAUGGACCAGACCUCCCAUAUCCAUGAACUUUGAGGUACCGUUUGCCCCGUCUGGCUUCAAGGUUCGCUACCUCAAGGUGUUUGAGUCGAAGCUCAACUAUUCUGACCAUGAUGUAAUCAAAUGGGUGCGCUGCAUCGGACGGUCGGGACUCUACGAGACCAGAUGCUAAUGCCAUGUAGCUUGGUUUAUGUCGAGAUCAGUAGUUCAUGGUACUCUGCAGCAUUGCUGUUAUAUAUAUAUAUAUUUUUUUUAUUUUAUUUUUAUUUUAUUUAGUAUUUUUAAAAAUUAUUAUUUAUUAUUAUUAUUAUUAUUUUUAUGAGAUAGGUAUUUGGCUGGCGAGCUAUUCCAUUUAUUUGACCAUAUUUAAAUGUUAUGAUUCACCUAUAUUUCUUUUUCUUGCUUUAGAGGGACAGAACAAAGUAAUUUGCCACUAGUGUCUAAUUACAUAGUUUCACAAGUUAAUUUGUUAUAAAGCAUUGGAAAUUUCUUUCAUUGGUAAAUUAGUGGUCACAUGUAUUCUUUCUAGUAGUCGUAAUUUUUUUAUUUUGGCAGGUAGCAUAUCAAAGUCAAUGAUAGAUCAGAAGAUCAUAUCCAGAAUGAAAGUCGUCAUUUACUUUGUUUUUUAUUAUUUUCCGAAGUUGUUAGCCAAGUUUAAACCGACGUAAGAUGUGUUCAUCGAGAACAAUAAGAAGAUAGGAUUAGAGGUUGUUGUUAUUAGUAGUUGUUCAUUAAUUGCAUGUGUAAAUAUAUAUAAUAUAGAUUUAUUUAGUCAUUUAAUUUUUAUUUGAAAACUAUAGGUUCAUUUAUCAGUUAUGAUACCAGUGUAGAAUUAGCCAGUGAAGUUGAUAACUAUGGACAUUCCCCCCACUUUGUCUAGCAGUUUUUUGUUUUGUUUUGUCUUUUUCCUUCAGUAUUGUCAUGUAUCUCCGUCAUCAUAUUGUGGAGGAUGUCACAUCCACAGGUGUUCCAUGUUUAUAUGGUAAGAAAACGAUAGGUGUGAGAAAGAUGGUGGAUUUUGCUAAAUGACUUUGAAAAAGUGUUCUGUCAAAAAUAAUUGAGAAGUCUGUUGUUAUGUUUGUCUGUUUUUGUUGUUGCUUACAGUAGACUGUUUGGAAAAUGAACAUUUUUAUCAUAUAUAUUUUUUUUAUUUAAAGGAUUAUAUUAAUGUUAAAUGAUUUGGAGGAGAAAAAUAUUUGAUCAACAUCUCAAAAGUUUUACCUUGAUUUUACAUGGCUUGGUUACUCCCAAGAUUGUUUACAUAAAAUCUCUUAUUGCAUGUGUUUUGAUUUAUAUUAAUUGCUUUCUAACAGUGGGCAAAAGAAAUUUACUUUCCAAUCCUUCUAAUUGGGCUUUAAGGCAUCUUCUCCUUAACAUUAGAUAUUUUUUAUUUAUUUAUUAAUUUUCUUUCGUUUGUUUUUGCUUUGGCAUGGUAAGACAUAGCUUUGGUGUAAUGUGACUAAAAAAUGAGCAGUGGAAGUUUGGCUGAUACCUUUUAACAGGUAACCUCUUCUCUCUGUCGGCCAGGCAGUUUUAUCAAUUCUUAAUUAUUAUUAUUAUUAUUAUUACUACUACUAUUAUUUUAAUUUCAUUAGUUUGAAUAUGAAUAAACAAAAGAGUAGAUCCUUAGAAAAAUGAAAUACAAAAGACUAGAACCUUUUCUAAAUGCAUUUGUAAGAUUCAUCAUACAAAACGGUUAUAUAUAUCAUUAUUUGACUUAGUGCCCAUGAAUCAGAAUUCAGGGUAAUUAUACAUUACUUGUCACAUGAUAAUUCCAAUAGUUGCAGUUUAUUAUGAGAUUUUUCUCCUCUGAUAAGACAAAAGAAAAAAGUUGCAUGGUUCUUGCCUGGUCAGCAUGAAUUCUGCCAAACUGUCGAGUCCCGGCUGGCCGAUGUUGUGCGCCCAGGUGAUGACGUCAUGGUCUAUUUAAGUUUCAGGAUGGCAGUGAUUUUAUUAUCAUUAUUAUAAUUAUUACUGCAUUUUCCAAAAUUGCCCCAUCACCUUCCAAGUGUAUUGAUCCAUCUCUUCUCUUACGUGUGGGUUGGCAUAACCUGGCUCGUGACCCCCCUUUUCCCACUACCAUCACCACCAUGUUUUGAUGGACCUCAGCCUUGAUUUACAACCGCUGGUCAUGUAGUUUUAGAGGAACAAAAGUACUCCUCCAUGU